AGCAUUCAAAACAAGAUCUGAAAGGAGACCAUUUGCUUUGCUGCAAGCAUCAGCGCUUCCUCCAGACUGCAAGAGCCCCCGGCUGAGAUCAGCCUGACUGUGAGCAAUGAAUGUCUCAUGCUGUCUGCACUCUGCUCAGUCCAUGAUGUCUAACAGCUCAGGCCACCUCACACCCUCUUCCUCCAGCAACCAGAGCAGCAGUGGGUUCUGUGAGCAGGUCUUUAUCAAGUCUGAGGUCUUCCUGGGACUGGGCAUUGUCAGCCUGUUGGAAAAUAUCCUGGUGGUGGUGGCUGUCGCCAGGAAUGGCAACCUGCACUCCCCCAUGUACUUUUUCCUCUGUAGCCUGGCUGUGGCCGACAUGCUGGUGAGUGUGUCCAAUGCCCUGGAAACCAUCAUGAUCGCCAUCGUCAACAGCAACUACCUGACCUUUGAGGACCAGUUCAUACAACACAUGGACAAUAUCUUUGAUUCCAUGAUCUGCAUCUCCCUAGUAGCCUCCAUCUGCAACCUCCUGGCCAUUGCGGUGGACAGGUACGUCACCAUCUUUUACGCACUUCGCUACCACAGCAUCAUGACCGUGAGGAAAUCCCUCACUUUGAUCGGGGCCAUCUGGGUGUGCUGCGGCAUCUGCGGUGUGGUGUUCAUCAUCUACUCCGAGAGCAAGAUGGUUAUUGUGUGCCUAAUCACCAUGUUCUUCGCCAUGCUACUCCUCAUGGGCACCCUUUACGUGCACAUGUUCCUCUUCGCCAGGCUGCACGUCAAACGCAUCGCGGCACUGCCACCUGCUGACGGGGUGGCCCCCCAGCACCAUUCAUGUAUGAAGGGAGCUGUCACCAUCACUAUCCUGCUGGGGGUGUUCAUCUUCUGCUGGGCCCCUUUCUUCCUCCACCUAGUCCUUAUCAUCACCUGUCCCACCAACCCCUAUUGUGUCUGCUACACCGCCCACUUCAAUACCUACCUGGUCCUCAUCAUGUGCAACUCCAUCAUUGAUCCUCUCAUCUAUGCCUUCCGGAGCCUGGAACUGAGAAACACCUUCAAAGAGAUUCUCUGCAGCUGUAAUGGCAUGAACUUGGGAUAG